AUGGCAUAUUCAAACUCAUCUUUUAGAGGACAAGUUCCAUUAUCUUGUCAGCUGUGUGAAGAAUCAAAUCAGAUCAAAUGGAAAUGUUAUCAAUGUGACUUUCUCUUGUGUACAAAAUGUCAAAAACUUCAUAUGAAAGUGAAAUCUAAUGACCAACACACCAUUAUUAAUAUCAAAGACAUUGCUUCACAGCAGGCAAAGGAUUACAUUCCAUGUGAAGUUCAUAGUGGACAAAACUGUGCCUCAUUUUGUCAGACAUGUGAUGAAGUUGUUUGCCCUUUGUGUAUCACUAACACUCAUAGAAAACAUCAUAUGAUCGAAUUAGCUGAUGGAUAUAAACUAACUAUCAAGAAAAUAAAAACUUUUAGUUCAGAGCUUGUUAGGAAAUUAUCAAAUUAUGAAAAUGGAAGAUCAACCCUGUAUUCAUUCAAAUCUUCAGAGGAAUUCAAAUAUGAAAUAGAAAAGCAAAUAAUUCUGAGUCGAGGAAAAGUUUUAAAAGAUGAAGUUGAAAUGCACACAAAAAAUCUUCUUGAAGAACUUGAUCAAAGAUGGGAUCAUCUUAAGCAAUCAGUAAAUGAUGUUGAUAAUACAACACAGACGAUAAACAAAAAUUUAGAAUUUCGAUCUGAGAGUUUAACCAAUGCCCUAGCUUCUGUCAAAUCUUUUGAUGUUUUCCAAGCAUACAAAGAAGAGAAAACAGCCAGAAAACAAAACAUAGAACCAGUCAAUGCUCGUUUCAAAAAACUGCCACAAUAUAUUCCAGGAAAACUACAAAUUCAACAGUCAUUUCAUGGAGAACUUAAGGAGUCUGAUGAUGAUUAUGAGUAUGCACUUGACCAUUAUGAACUGAAAGUAAUAAAACAGUAUAAAACUGAACUGAAAAGCAUUGCUCAAAUUGUUUGCUGUGACGAUGAGACAUUGUGGAUAAGAGACAAUAACACUAAAAAAAUACAGAAAAUACAAUUUUUAAAUAAACGGGUACAAAUUGUUCAGCAGUUACAGUUUGUGACAGCCGGCAUGGCAUUAGCAUUACAAGGAGACUUAUAUUUCUCUAUUUCAGAACCUUAUCUGAAACUGCUUUGCCAUACCACUGGAAAAAUGAUAGAAUCAAAAAAUAGUGUAGGCACCUUAAUAACUGGUCCCAUCCACAUCACUAAGCAAGAUAAGAUCGUAAUCAGAGUAGGAGAGAAAGGACCCCUCUUCCCUAUCAAUGAACCGAGAAAAGUGAUAGUGAUGGAUCAAGAUGGAACAAUAGAGAAUGUGUAUGAUCAAAACAAUAAUGGAAAACCCCUCUUUUCUGCUCCACAAAGAAUAACUUCAGACAGUGACAAUAACGUUUAUGUUCUAGAUUGUAUCAAUAAAGACUGGAGUGGUAGGAUAGUGGCAUUAGAUAAAACUAAUGGAGUGAGAUGGAUAUAUAGUGGUCAUCCAGAUAUCAACAAUCCAUUUAGACCUAGAGAUUUAGUGGCUACAAAUUUAAACAAUGUCAUAAUUACAGACAAAGAUUCUCAUAUGAUUCAUAUCCUGAACACUUCGGGAGAGUGUAUUCAUUACAUGAACACUAAGGAUCAAUUAAGUAUCCAUUGUCCAUACUCUUUAGAUAUUGACAAUAGAGGCACACUGUACAUAGGAUGUUUUACACAUCAUGGCGUACCUGAUGAAGCCAAAAUAUAUACUGUUCAGAUCUCAGGAUUUUAAAGUGCUCAUUCUAAUUAUAUU